UCUGUGCUGAGUGGUCAUCAUGCACUAAACUAACUUGUAGCGUUAGCAUAGCGUUUGUGUUAGCGUAGAGUUAGCAUUAACAUUUAGCGUGGUGACUCAGUGAAAACAUUUUACAUACAGUUCGUGGCGUCCAGUUGAGUUUAAUUAACUGCAAGUAAAAUGCUCUUUUCCUCCUGAGUGUGUAUUAUCAUCAUGAAGUCCUUGUAGACUCUACAUUUAUGUGCUCGCCUGUCAUGUUAAUUCGAAAUUGUUGGAAACCUUUUUUUUUUUUCAUGGACUAAAUGUCUAUUGGCGAAAACAUUUUAAGAAUUGCCGACUAAAACUAGACGAAGAACCCAUUUUAAAAUUAUUAAAAUAUGAGAAAGAGAACAAAAUGCGCCAUAAUUUUUGUCACAUGUUCACACUGCAUGACAUUUUAUGUGUAGUUAGCCUGCAUCGUAGCAGUGUCUGUUUGUGUCACUCAUGUGACGUUCGGCGCACCCCCCAACUUACGCACUCGUGUCAUCUCCAGUCUCCUCAUUGCUUGUUUUGAGACACACACACACACACGCUAAGAUUUGUCUUUUAAAGGUCUGCGCUGAGUGAUCAUCACACACUAAAUGUAACUCGUAGCGUUAGCAUAGCAUUCACGUUCGCCUUAUUAUCAGGCUAUUGCUAACGGCGAGCGUCCUCUUAAACUCUCCGACUUUUUUAUACAUACAGUUCGUGACGUUCAGGUGGGUAUAAUUUUUUAUUUUACAUUUGAAAACAUUUCCAUUCAAUGUCGACUAAAACUAGGCGAAAUUAGUCUUGAGACAAACACAUUUUGAGAUGACUAAAAUAUGACUAAGACUAAUAAAUAUUAUCAUCCAAAAGACUAAGACGAAAAUUAAAAGGGAUACAAAAAAUAGUAUAUGGCUGUGAAAGAUAUUAUUUAUAAUUGUUUAUUUUGCUGUUUACUAUUUAAUGUAUCCAAAAAAAACCUGCGUUGGUGCUGUAAAUGUGCUCAACUGAAGCAAAACAAAAUUGUAACUAAUAUAAUUGAGCCACUUUGUAUCAUGUGCCAUUUUAAUCACUGAUUUGUGAUUUAGCAUUUUUCUUUCAUUAUGAUCUAAUUAUAUUGGCUCCACAUUGGCUCCUCUAAAAAGCAAAGUAAAAAGUGAGGCUCUCUUUGCUUGAAAGAGAUGCUAUCAUAAUAAGAUGUAGAUGCUAUCUGUGCCCAUUGAAAGGCAGAUUGGGCUCGAUUGAAAAAAGGAGGUGUGACCGAUCCCCUUUCAAAAAAAGAAAAAAAAUCUCCCGGGGGCUCCACCUGGCCCCUUGCCCAUAAAUACGCCUCCCUCGCCGGGUUGAGAGUUCAGUGCAGUCCGGAGCGCUUGGACGGUUUUUAUGUGGAUUAUGAACGCCUUUGGACCGCAGCAAGCUUCCAGCCAGCAGAGCAGCAGCAGCCAUCCCGCACACGACCUCCUGGACAUGGCGGUGUAUUGUGACAACUACGGCGUGUACCAGCACCAGAACCUCCACCACCUGCAUCACCCUCAAAGGCCCCCCAACCACCCCGCCGGCUACGGCCUUAGCGACUACGCCGCCCCGCCCACCAACCCCUACCUGUGGCUCAACAACUCCCCCGCCUCGCCCUACCUGCCCGCCGGCUGCGGUGGAGGAGGCGGCGGUGGCGGCGGCUCAACUUUCCUCCAGUCUCCCGGCUUCAGCUCCGGCAGCCACCGGCAGCUCCUAACGGCGCCUAGCGGGCUCGGAGGCGCCGACCUGGGCUGGCUGUCCAUCUCAAGCCAGCAGGAGCUCUUCAAGAUGGUCCGACCCCCGUACUCGUACUCCGCGUUGAUUGCCAUGGCUAUCCAGAACGCGCAGGACAAGAAGCUGACCCUGAGUCAAAUUUACCAGUACGUGGCUGAUAAUUUCCCUUUUUACAAGAAAAGCAAAGCUGGCUGGCAGAACUCCAUCCGGCACAACUUGUCCCUCAACGACUGCUUCAAGAAGGUGGCUCGAGACGAGGAUGACCCCGGUAAAGGCAACUACUGGACGCUAGACCCCAACUGCGAGAAAAUGUUCGACAACGGCAACUUUCGGCGCAAGAGAAAGCGGCGAGCCGACAUUAGCACCGUGGCCGAGAAGCCCGACUCGGACGCCCAGCACAAGCUCUCCGACACGGCCAGCCUGCUGAGCUCGUCCCCGCCAAGCCUUCGCGGUUCGCCGGCCUCCACGGAGCCCCGCUCGUCGCCGCCCAACUCGGCCGAGCACAGUCCGUGUUUCGCCGGCUUCGUAUCCGGCGUCAACACGCUGAUGGCCGGCGGACCCGAAGCCUCGUCCAGGGUCCCCGAGCGGGACUUUGGCACGGAGUUUUCCCAAACCCGUGAAGGCAUGUCCGGACUGGGCUCUUAUUCGCCCUCCAUAUUCUCCGACGGAAGAAUGAACUAUUACAACCUCAGCAAUCACUUUACUGUCAACAACCUCAUAUACAACCGGGAAGGAACUGAAGUUUAAUGUGGAUUUUUCUAAAAAUAAUUUAUCUCUCAUUUAAAGUCGUUUUGUAUUUUAUGAAAAAGAUGCAAAAAAUCCUCAAUGGUGUUGCAAAAUCACACUUUGUAAUCAAAACACUUGUCCUGUUGGGGAAGAAAAAUGUAUAGAAAUUAUUUUCAUACUGUGUAUAUAUUAUAUAUUUUUAAAUUGAACCCUUUAUCAGGCAAAGGACUCUUUUUGGCAAUUAAAAACUUAACCUGGACAUUACAUUUUUGGUUCAUGUUGGCCACAUUUGAUAUGCUAAAGCGUAUCCACAUGUAGAUGCCAAAUCUCUAAUAAUUAUAUUUUUUAAUCAUAAUUUUUAAUACUGCUGGCAUGGUCUUUUACAGUGCGGUACAUAUUAGUCAUUGACACAACAGUAUUUCAGCUACCAUUGACGGCGCUAGACAUCCAAGCCAUUUUGAUAGGGAGGGCUGACAGCGAUCAUUGUCUUAUCGUUAAGUUAAACAAGUGCCCUAUAAAGGGUUAAACUUGCAUUGACUUUUGAAUAAAGGCGUUUUUUAUUGGAUCUGUGUUGUCUUUCCUUUUUAUGAUUCUUAUAAAUACCAUUUUUACAUUCUGUCGCUUUUAUGAUCACUCCAAAUAAAGCCCCCUCCAAAUAAUCCUAUCGGAUUGUCUGCAGUCAAGUGGCUGCAAGUUGUCAAAGUGUAAAACAGAGACAUUUUCCGCCUGUCGCCCCCAAUCGGCCCUCUAAGCGCCCCCCCUUAUCUCCGCCCCAGUUCACAAGUUCAGCUUUUUGUCUAAACCCCGUUUGAAGUGGACCUGUCGGGAAUAUUUGCACCUGUUCCUGAACAUCACACAUGUGGAACACUCGCUCCUUUACGGAAGAGCGUCUGACAAUGUCUCUGGCGGUGGGAUAAUUGAGUCCACUCAGGCGCUGCGUGAAAAGGGGAAUUAAUUGAGCAGCACAAUGGACGCUUGGCAUCAGGAGCGCUCCCCUCCUGGGCUGCGAUGAAAAUAUUGCCAUCUGAAGAUGUGGGAACAAACCAACUCUGCCCCCGCUCCCACAAAGGCCGGCUUUUGUGCCAUUAUCGGGGAACAAAGCGGGAUGUUGUCGUAACAUUCCCAAGUUCACACCUCGGGGAAAAAAAAUGUCACUCGUUACAACUUAAUCGCUGAUUCUAACCUUAUAAGUCUACUGAAAAUACCUUCUAUGUAGGACCAAUAGGAGUGUCAUUUGUUCCCAAACUCCAAAAGUAAUUAAAAACUUGAAAAAAAACAUGUCAUUAAACAUGUCAUUAAAUCAUUAAAAAAAACGUGAAAAAUAAGCAGUCUUUUAUGAUUUUGAUUUUUAAAAAUGUAUAAUUAUAAACACAAAAAUCAAAUUCAAACAGUUUCUGCACCAUAAAUAUUUAAUAGUGUACCGCAUGAAUGCUAUUUUCAGACCGCAAGGCUGCGUGACGUCACCAUCGUAAACCGGAAGAGGGUCAACAUAUAAGCGCGCUCUCAUACAACCAAUGCUAUUACUGCUUGUUUUCGGUCAUCUUUGAAAAAAGAACAUGCAGAUUAAACAAUGCUGCUAUGGAACUUGUAGAAACGACUCUUGAAGGAUGUUUUCUUUAUACGUUUCCCAAAGCCAAAAACUCGGAGGGAAAAAAUGUGAACAAUGGAUUAACUUGUGCGAACGUCCAAAAGACCAGUUUAACACCAGCAAGGUGAAGACAUUCACCUUCAUAUUCAGUAAACAUUUUGUUGGGGGCGAUGGUCCUACUGAUCGACAAUCCUGCCCCGAAGAAGUCAGCCAUUUUGAUAUUUUUACUUAUAUUUUAGCGUGGCGUUUUGCCGUGCUGCUUCUGUCUGACAAUGAAUGACCUGAAAAAAAAUAAAAUUUUAUUAGUAUAUCACAACAGUCAUG